AAGCAGGCGCGGCAUUUGUAAACAGAGCCAACGGUGUCGCGUGUGCUUAGCUGCUAACACAGUUUUAUUAGCCCUUUCUCUUGGUCAAAGUUGUUAGGCGUGGAGACCCAUGGCUUUUGGCUGACCGCCUCAGCUAACAUGCUAGCAGCAGGAGCGGGGCUGCCCGGGGGACCGGCCGCUUCAUGUGAGAGAGGUCAGGCAUGCUUAUAGCUCACCUACUCGGAAGAUCCUUGCUUCGACCGGGAGUGCCGCGGUCCGGGGUCCAGACAAGGUGUCUCUGCGCGGCUCUGAGUGGCCGGAGUCCGGACACACUGCAGGAGGCAGACAUGAUCCGGAGCCGGGCUCAGAUCAAGCGGGUCCUCUGCGUAGCCGAGAAGAACGACGCAGCCAAGGGCAUCUCGGAGAUCAUGUCCGGCGGCAGGACCAGGAGGAGGGAAGGGAUGUCAAAGUUUAAUAAAAUCUACGAGUAUGAUUACCACCUCUUCGGUCAGAAUGUAACGGUAACGAUGACAUCAGUGUCGGGUCAUUUACUCGGUUUGGAGUUUAAAGCGCCGUUCCAGAAAUGGCACAGUUGUAAUCCCGUGCUGCUAUUUGAUGCUGAGGUAGAGAAGUACUGUCCAGAUAACAUGAAACAAAUCAAGCGGACACUAGAGAAAGAGGUGAAGCAGUGUCAGGCCUUAGUCAUCUGGACUGAUUGUGACAGAGAGGGAGAAAACAUCGGCUUCGAAAUCAUAGAUGUGUGCAAAGCAGUUAAGGCCAAUUUACAAGUUUUUCGGGCAAAGUUUUCUGAGAUAACCCCCAACUCAAUUCGGAGAGCUUGUGAAACUCUGUCGGAGCCGAAUGUCAACGUCAGUGAUGCCGUUGAUGUCCGUCAGGAGCUGGACCUGCGGAUAGGUGCAUCCUUCACUCGAUUCCAGACGCUUCGCCUGCAGAAGAUCUUUCCAGAGUCUCUGGCCAAUCAGCUGAUCUCAUAUGGCAGCUGUCAGUUUCCUACACUGGGUUUUGUGGUCGAGCGCUUCAAGGCCAUCCAGGCUUUCAUACCCGAGACUUUCUACAAGAUCAAAGUGCUCCAUGAGGUCGAGGAGGACACUGUAGAGUUCAGCUGGAGAAGAAACCGCCUCUUCAACCACACAGCUUGCCUGGUGCUCUACCAGAUCUGCAUGGAGGAUCCCAUAGCAACCGUCACCUCAGUAACCAGCAAACCCAAGAGCAAGUGGAGACCGCUGCCUCUGGACACUGUGGAACUGGAGAAACUGGCAUCUCGGAAGCUAAGAAUAAAUGCCAAAGAGACCAUGAAAAUUGCAGAAAAACUCUAUACUCAAGGGUUUAUUAGCUACCCCCGCACUGAGACAAACAUUUUUCCUGAGAACCUGGCUCUUGGCCCCCUGGUGGAGCAGCAGACGCAGAGCCCAGUGUGGGGGACGUUCGCCCAGCGGGUGCUAGACCAGCCUGGGGGUCCCAACCCGCGACAGGGCAAGAAGUCUGACCAAGCCCAUCCCCCCAUACACCCCACCAAGUUCGGCAAUGCAAUGCAGGGCAAUGAAGGACGGGUUUACGAGUUCAUUGUCCGCCACUUCCUGGCCUGCGUAUCCCAGGAUGCUUUGGGCCAGGAGACGGUGGUGGACAUAGACAUUGCCCAGGAGAAGUUCUCUGCCUCAGGACUCAUGAUCAUUGCAAGGAACUACCUGGAUGUUUACCCGUAUGACAGGUGGAGCACCAAGAUAAUCCCAGUGUAUGAGCAAGGCUCCCAGUUCCAGCCCUCUGCUAUUGAGAUGGUGGACGGACAGACGAGUCCUCCACAGCUGCUCACUGAAGCCGACCUCAUAUCACUGAUGGAGAAGCACGGCAUUGGCACAGAUGCCACCCAUGCAGAUCACAUCGAGACGAUCAAGAGCCGCAUGUAUGUGGGCUUGACAUCUGACCAGAGGUUUCUCCCCGGAGAGCUCGGCAUGGGGCUGGUGGAGGGUUACAACUCCAUGGGUUAUGAGAUGUCCAAGCCAAACCUGCGUGCGGAAUUGGAGGCAGAUCUCAAGCUGGUAUCCGAAGGCAGGAAGGACAAACGGGGCGUGCUGCUGCAACACAUCCAGAAAUACAAGACUGUAUUCAUCGAAUCUGUGAGGAAGGCGAAGAAGUUAGAUGAAGCCCUGUCGCCAUAUCUGGGUGCAGCUCUGGAGAUCACUGAAGCAGAGCAACAGGACAUGGAGAUCCCGCUGCCGGUCAGGAAAUGCCCUCACUGUGGUCUGGACAUGGUGCUGAAGAAGAAGAAGGAGGGAAACGGCAAGUUCCUGUCCUGCGUGGGUUUCCCAUCCUGUAAGACGGCAGUGUGGUUCCCUGACACAGUGCUGGAGGUCAGCGUAGAUGACAGCGUUUGUCCCACCUGUCAGCCACGCCCCAUUCACAUGUUGAAUUUCAAGUUCCGCAGGGGCAGCCUCCCUCCCAUGAUGCCUUUAGAAUUCGUUGGCUGCAUCGGUGGAUGUGACGAGACGCUCAGAGAGGUGCUGGACUUGAAAUACCUCAGACCAGGAGGAGGCGGUGGUGGUGGUGGAGGAGUGGGAGGAGGCAGUGGGGCGCGAGGAGGUGGAGGAAGCGGUGGGGGACGAGGAGGAGGUGGAGGAAGAGAUUACCCUUGGCCACCAGCACCAAGGCCUCCUCGACCAGAGCCACCAAGACCCCCACGUUCCAAUGCUCGACCUUCCCUUCCUCCCGUCCCUUCCUGGACCCCUCAGCCCCGAUCUCCACCGGGAGCUGGCAGUAGCAGUGGAGACCCCAACGGUGACGCCAUUGUGUGUAACUGUGGUCAGGAUGCACUUCUCCUCACUGUGCGCAAAGAUGGUCCCAACCAAGGCCGUCAGUUCUACAAGUGCAACGCCGGCGGCUGCAACUUCUUCCUGUGGGCAGAUCAGCCAAAUCAGUCCGCGGCAUCGCAGAGUCGAGGGCCUCCGCCCGCACCAACCAACCCCCAGGCUCCGAGGCCCUCACUGGGAUUCAGGAGCACGUUUGGAGGAGGCAGGGAGCAGGAGGGGGAUGCCGCAGAACAUCCAGGACAGACAAUGUGUAACUGUAAUGAGACGGCAGUGGUGCGCACAGUGCAGAAGGACGGUCCGAACAAGGGCCGGAUGUUCCACACCUGUGGGAGACCAAGAGAGCAGCAGUGUGGCUUCUUCCAGUGGGCUGAUGAGAACAUACCUCCACCAGGUGGUUUUGGUGGUGAAUUUAACGGUGGUGGAGACGGAGGGAGUAGAGGGAGGAAGGUAAUAGGAGGGGCCCCCCUCAGCAAACCCCCUGCUGCCAAGAAACCUCGUACCUGCGGCAUCUGCCACAUGCCAGGGCACACCCGAGUCACCUGUCCCCAAAAGUGACCGCUGUUCCUGGGCAAAGACACAGAACGAUGAAGCUGCUCUGGAGUCCUGACGGCUGGACUGAGAUCAGCAGGAGGAAGAUGAUUCUGACACAGGACCCGGGCCGUCUUUAAUGAAUAAGUGUGUAUUUUAAUGAAUGCCUGUUUGCACACAGUUUAUUAAUAUUUAAUAUUAUGUGCAUUGCUGGAUUUUUUUUCGAGGUGUUGUUGAAAGAAACGUUACAAAAUGUGUUUUUAUCCUGUAAAUGUAAUGAGUGCUAAAAGAAAGUUGAUCAGUGGAUUGGGAGAAUUGUCACUGGCCACCGUCAUUAUUAUCAUUUGUAUAUUGAUGUAUGAAAAUAAACUUUAUUAUGCUGUUUA